AUGGCUGAAGUAGCUGACACCCCGGCUCCCGCACCGGCGGGUGAGAAGAAGAGGCCCGAGAAGCCCAAUGUCGAUCUCUUCAAUGAGCAAUUGGCUAAGGCUGAGAAGGAGUACCAGGAAUCGUUUGCCAAAUAUAAUGCUGUCAAGCAGAAGGUCGAGCUUGCUGUCCCGAGCAAGAACAAAGACACUCAGACACCUACCCAGAAGCGCCGUCAGGAACUUAUCGCCCAAGCCAAUGAGAUCCGUAACAAGCAGGGCGCCGGCAAAAAUGCUCGUAAUACCAAGAUGGACCAGAUCAAGCGCCUCGAUGAACAACUCCGCUCCCGAAUCGCCGAACAGAAGAAUGCCCGCGGCAAGGUUAAUUUCAAGAGCGUCGAAGAUGUGGACCGUGAGAUCGAUCACCUCGAAAAGCAGGUUAACGGCGGCUUGAUGAAGUUGGUCGAUGAGAAGAAGGCCCUUGCUGAGAUCUCUAAUCUCCGAAAGCAGCGCAAGAACUUCGCCCAGUUUGACACUUCGCAGAAGGGAAUCGACGAGUUGAAAGCCAAGAUCAAGGAGAUCAAGGACAGCAUGGAAGACCCCGAAGCCCGCGCGCUUAGCGAACAGUACACUAAGAUUCAGGCCGAGCUUGACAGCAUCAAGGCGGAGCAAGAUGAGGCAUUCAAGAACCUGAACGCCCUGCGCGAUGAGCGAAGCAAGUUGCAGGCCGAGCAACAGGAGAAAUUUCAGGCUGUACGGAAGAUCAAGGACGAGUACUAUGGUGCAAAGAAAGCGUUCGCCGAGUACGAACGUGAGGCACGUCAGCGACAGAGAGAGCGCCAGAAGGCGGAGCGCGACCGUAUCGAGAAGGAAAGGAAGAAGGAGCGCGCGCAAAAGUUGCUCCAGGAAGCUAGUGACCCAGCCUAUCUCGAAGAGAUCCGCAGGGCCAACAGCCUGCUCCACUUCUUUGACCCGUCGUCUACCUCCACCGAAAAGGCGCCUCUUGUGGCUGACAGCGGUCUGAGCGCUCAGGCUUCGCGAAAGGUCGACGAUUCUGGUCUGAAGGGCACUCGGUUGGUACGAAAGGAAGAUCGUGAGGAUGACUACCUGCCAGCUGUCAAGAAGGGUAAGAAGGGCAAGAAGGGUGGUGCUGCCGAGAAACAGGGUUUCAACUGCCCACCUUCGGUCAUCGAUGACUGUGGAUUCUUAGGGAUUGAUCCUCCCAUGGCCGCCUCUGAUGUCCCCGCUGCUAUCGAAAAGGUCAAGGCCAAGCUCGAAAACUGGAAGGCCGACCAGCAAGCUCAAACCCAGCGGAACAUCGACAAGGCCAAGAAGGAGAUUGAGAAGAUUGAGGCUGAGGAGGCAGCUGAAGCUUCCGGUACCGCAACGCCUAACGGCGUCAACGGGGACAAGAAGUCCGAUGACAAGGUGGCUGCCGUAGCCUCGGAGUUGAAGGAGGCAUCGCUUGAGGAGAAAUCGGCUUAG